AUGCAGAAUGAGUUCCCACCACUCGCGGCUGCCGCGAACGCUACCACUCAAAAACUGUCACGAUGGGAGCGCUUUUCCAAUCGGUUUCAUAUGAGACCUCCAGAGGACGAUGAGCCUCAGUCAUGGUGGAUAGCCUCAACCGCUAUUCCACUCGUAGCUGCGGCUGCCGGGCCGCUCGCCAAUGUCAUGUCUAUCGUGGCACUUGUCCAGCCAUGGAGAAACACAAUUAUUUCCAGAGAGACUGGACCUGGUGGUAUUUGGAUUGAGGAGGGAUAUAAUGACCCCAAAUGGGUCACUGCAAUGAAUGCCAUAUCGCUUUUCUGUGGUGUCGUGGGUAAUAUGUUUUUGCUGCUCAACUUCACUCAGACUGUUCGCUAUAUUAUUGCACUACCCGUGACGAUUGUUUCUUGGUUCCUUGCAACAGGCAUUCUUUGCGGGCUCACAGUAUCCCUAUUCAUCUACAACCCACCGAUUCCACCAAAUGAGGUCUAUUCGCAGGCAUAUUGGAGUGCUGUCAUUGCCGCAAGUCUCUAUUUUAUCCUGGCAUUCUUCUUGAUGAUCAACAUGCUAGGCUACUUCCUGGGAAAAUAUCCCCAGCACUUCGCCCUCACUGAUGACCAACGGACCCUCAUUCUCCAAAUGACUGGAUUUGUGGUCUGGCUUCUCAUCGGUGCAGCCAUCUUUCAACGAGUGUUGGGAAUCUCAUUUGCCGACGCGCUGUAUUUCUGCGACGUCACCGUUCUGACCUUGGGCUUUGGCGACGUCACCCCACAGACGGCCGUGGGAAAAGGCCUGAUCUGGCCGUAUGCAGUUGUUGGAAUCAUCAUGCUUGGUUUGGUGGUCGGUAGUAUCCAUCAAUUUGCUCGCGAAGUACACUAUGACAACGUCGUGCGCAAGCAUAUUGAGCAUAAGCGACGGGCCACAUUCAACAGAUCUGUCACGUUCGAACAACUUCGCGAUGCGGGUGAGCCUCUAGAAAAGGAAAUUGUUAUCCCGAAGCAGGCAAGUCACCGAUCCAAGGCACAUCACAAUCGACAACACCGGCAUCAUAGACAUAGACCAAUCCACGAUGCCCUGGUCGCCGGUCGCCGUCCCAGGCUACUCGUUAUGAGGGAGGAGAAAGAUCGAUUUGACGCAAUGCGUGCGAUUCAAUACGAGACCAUGCGUUUCCGCCGAUGGAACGACUUGAUUAUCAGCAUCAUCGUAUACAAUAUCGUGUGGACGGGCGGUGCAGUUGUCUUCUGGAGACUCGAAGACAUAUCUUAUUUUGAUGGAUUGUAUUUCUGCUUCUGUUCACUGAUUACUAUUGGAUAUGGAGAUAUCACGCCGCAGUCAAAUGCAGGGCGACCUUUCUUCGUCAUGUGGUCUCUCAUCGCUAUUCCGACCAUGACCAUGCUGAUCUCACAGAUGAGCGAUACCAUUGUUGCAGGAUACAAGCAUUCGACCGAGAGAUUUAGCGAUUAUUUCGUCAUGCCUCGCCAAGGAGCAUAUAAAGGGAUUUUUGCUCGAAUUCCACUUCUUCGACGGUGGAUACAAAUACGUCAGGAAAAGCAGCGGUUGAGACGCGGCUUCGAGGUCGGCGCGGAAGCUGACGAGGCAGCCGAAACGAACAACAGAGCGUCUCCGGCCUCAAAUCCUCAAGGGAUGCCUCCAGUCGUGCUGCCUCACCAUCGGUCAGGCGAUGGUCAUCCACAACGAACUCUUGAAGAGCUCGCCCGCGAUGCAAACCCGUCUCCAUUCGAACUUGCGCAGCAACUUUCCUUUGCGAUCCGUCGCACGACACACGAUGCACGCGAAGGAAAAAGAAAAAGGUAUACUUAUGAGGAAUGGGUCGAGUUCACUAGACUCAUUCAAUUUACCGACCCGAAUUCACGACCGAGCUUGCAUGCGGAUCGUAAUCACCCUUUUCAGACCAGUACUGGCGUCGACGAGGAUGAAUACGGUGUCUUGAACUGGGACUGGAUCGGCGAAAAUAGUCCCAUGUUGGCGCACCAGUCAGAGCCGGAAUGGAUUCUGGACAGACUUUGCGAGAGCUUGUGCCGUUAUGUGUCGACGCAGGAGCAUGCCCGCGCUGCAUCACAGGGUCACAACGACGAUGCAGCAGAAGCGCCUACUUUGAAGAAGGAGAGGGAUCUAGGAAUUGAGGAGGCCUGA